GGUGUGGGCGCCGGGCCUGGCCCCGGGUCUGCCCGCGGUUCGGGGACCCCUCGCCGGGUCUCCCUGGGGUGCCCGCCCCGCGUGCAGCUGCGGACCUGAAGGCGCAGCGCCCCGGGUGUUGCGGGCUUGGCCUCGCCUGUGGCCCGAGUGGGGCCGGGCCCUGGCUGGACUCGGAGAACAGGGCCACGCGCGCCCCAGCCGCCCCCAGCGCCUGGGGCCCGCGGGCAGAGCCAGGCCGGCCGGUGCAGCCUCCUCCCAGGCGGGCGCCCCAGUCCCCGCGUGGGUGCGCGCCAGACGGAGCCCGCCAGCCCGCUCCGCGCCGCCUCCGACAGACUCCGGGCCUGGAAGUCCCCGCGCCAGCGCCGUCUGCUGCCCCUCUCUGCACCUGGGCCAGACAGGAGGGAUCCCAGGCCAGGGAGAAGCCCGCUCGAACAGCCUGGCUGCAGACGCCCUUGGGGAAGCCGGAGGCAGGCGGGGCAAGGUGACCCCGGGCGGCCAGAGCCCCGUGCAGUGGACCGCGCCGGGCGCCCGCUGUGGGGACAGCUCUCUCCCUCUGGCCUCGGUUUCCGUCUGUAAAAUGGAAAGAGACCUUCCUGACCAGCCUGCCUGGCCGGCCGCUGUGGAGAGGACACGGCAGUGGCGUGGCCCACGAGCUGCAGCAGCUCCUGUGGCCGAGACACUCGGGAAGGAAGAGUAUCACAGGCUGUCUCUCCCGAGACCGGAAGUGAGCAUCUGCCCAGGGGAAGGAGAGGAGGUGGGUGCUUGGGGUGCAGUGGGCGUAUCUGGUGUCUCUGCCAGCAUCUCCGGCCUGGCCACUCAGGGCUUAACACUUCGCAAGCCCUUUCACCUCCCUUGUCACUCUGACUUUCACAGCGGCCUUACAAGGAAGGCAGGGCAAGGGAGGAAACUGAGGCAGGGCAAAGGGAAGUGGGUGGAGAGGGCUGGCUGGAGCCUGGUGCCAGGAUCUUGGGCUUCCUCACCUUGACUAGCACUGUGACCUUGGGUGAGUCACUUCACCUUUCUGAGCCCGGGGACCUGUCAGGGGGAGUAAGUGGCCCAGGACCGGGUGCGUCCCCAAGCCUAUGCGGCCUGAGAUGCCCCCCAAGGCUUGGCCCUGUUCACAUGGGGCUGGGCUGCCUUUGCCAAGUCAGAUGUGCCCGCUCCUGGAGGCUGUGCGGGGAAGCCCAGGACAGUUACUUUUGCCCCGGGUGUGGUUGAGGGCUGUAGUGUGGGUAGGGGACAGGGCUGGCCUCCCUGCUCCUCCGGGAGGGCUUUGUCUUUGACAAACACAAAACCUGGAAAUGGUUGAGGAAGAUGGAGCCUCCUGAGGGCCAUUGUCUGGGGCACAGGGGAGUGGGUGUCCCGGAAGCAUGUUGGGGACCCUCCCAGUGCUGCCUGCCUGCUGGGCAUCUGUUCCGAGCCGGGAGCAGCCGGGUGUGGGUGGGAGGCAGGGAAGGUGGCAUUGCUGCAGGUCAUUUGCACCCACUGUGUGCAGGCACUGGGCCAGGCACUGUUCCAGCAGCUCCCUCCAGAGUGUCGGGCCCCACACAGGUGGGGGAUGGGGUGACAGCGCAGCUUCAGCAGCCCCCGAUGACCCUGGCUGCAGGCCAGGCCCGGGACUCCCGUGUUAUCUCAUGCCAGCAUCCCUGUGUGAGAAGAGCUGUCUUUGCUGUUGUCCUAGAGGGGGCCGAGGCCCUGAGAGUCUGGGUGUGGCCAGGGUCUCACCCACCGGCUCCUCAGGACAGGCCUGCCUGGUGUGUAACAGCUGCAGCCAGCAAGUGCUGCUUCCCUCUGGCCCCCGUCACUGCUCGGACCUGAACACCUGUCCCGGAACUGGCCAUUGUUCCCCCUUGUGCGCUUCCUGUUUGUGAGGCCAUCCUUCCUCCCAUGGGCCCUUCCUUUGUAUCCCUCCUCUGUAGCCCCAGCCCCACCCACACCAGAUGUUUCCCUGGGGAGCUCUGACCUUUGCCGGAAAAGGGGCUGAGUGGGUAAUCCGGUUAUCCCAGGGAAGAAAGAGGAAGAGUCCCUCAGGCCCUGUGUACAGAGCUUCCUCUCCACCUGCAAAUGCAGUGGGACCCUGGCGGGAGAGUGACGGAGGCCCGCGUCAGGCGAGCCCACCCGAGUCUGUCCUUCCGGGAGCCAGGCCCCGUCCCACUGGCUGAGGACCUGCCCUCUCCUCCAAGCCGCACAGGCCCCGAGCUGGAGGUGUCCCUUGGUGACCCAACCAAUGCUCCGCUUCCUUCUCCUUAGACUUCAUCCAGCAGAUGCCGGGUGGGUGGGUGGCUUUGAAGCUGGUGUCCAUUUUUCUUGCCGUGCUAGGGAUCCUGUCCUGGGAUUCUGUCCGGUACCCACUCACAUCUCCCUCUCUUGAGCCUAGGCAUGUCCGAAGGCUAACAGGUGGCAAGUGCCUGGUUUAGGGACCCGAGGAGCUGGUCAGCAAGUGCUCGCUGGCCCCUAAUGGUCCUCUCGACUCCCAGAGGCAGCUCCCUGUAUCCUGCUGAAACUUCAUGGCCACAGCCCCGGGCCCUGCUGGCAUUGCCAUGGGCAGCGUGGGCAGCCUGUUGGAGCGGCAGGACUUCUCCCCUGAAGAGCUUCGGGCAGUGCUCGCCAGGUCCCGGGGCCCUCGCCAGCCGGAUGGGCUCCUCCGGAAAGGAUUAGGCCAGCGUGAGCUCCUCAGCUAUCUGCACCUCCCCAAGAAGGACGGCAAGACCACCAAGCGGGUGCCUCGGAGUGAGGCCACCGACUAUGCCACCCUCUACUACCGGGAGCACCCUCGGGCCGGGGACUUCAGCAAGACUUCGCUGCCGGAGCGCGGUCGCUUUGACAAGUGCCGUAUUCGCCCGUCGGUGUUCAAGCCGUCAGGGAGCACCGGGAAAGGCUUCCUGUCCAUGCAGAGCCUGGCGGCCCACAAGGGCCAGAAGCUGUGGCGCAGCAACGGCAGUCUGCACACGCUGGCCUGCCACCCACCCCUGAGCCCGGGGCCCCGGGCCAGCGAGGCCCGAGCACAGCUGCUACACGCCCUCAGCCUGGAUGAGGGGGGCCCCGAGCCCGAGCCCAGCCUGUCCGACUCCUCCAGUGGGGGCAGCUUCGGUCGCAGUCCUGGCGCCCGGCCCAGCCCCUUCAGCUCCUCCCUGGGCCACAUUGACCGCCUUGGGGGCUCCCUGGACCGAGCCCCGAGGAGCCCCAAGGAGGCAGGGCCUCUGGCUGUGCUGAGCUGCCUGCCCGAGCCCCCGCCGCCCUAUGAGCUGUCCUGCCCCACUGCCGACGAGGUGGUGGCCUUGCUGCCGGAGACCUGUGAGGAGCUCAAGAGGGACUUUGGUGACCAGGAUGACACCAACCCCUUCACACAGGUGCUGCAGGAGCGCCAGUGGCUGUGGCUGGCUGAGCUGAAGCGCCUGUACGUGGAGCGGCUGCACGAGGUGGCCCAGAAGGCUGAGCGGAGCCAGCGCAACCUCCAGCUGCAGCUGUUCAUGGCCCAGCAGGAGCAGCGGCGGCUGCGCAAAGAGCUGCGGAUUCAGCAGGGCCUGGGCCCAGAGCGGCCCCCUGGCUCCCUCCCCGAGGCUGACCCUGGCGCCCGAGCCGAGGAGGAAGCCCGAUGGGAGGUGUGCCAGAAGACAGCCGAGAUCAGUCUGUUGAAGCAGCAGCUGCGGGAAGCCCAGGCCGAGCUGGCCCAGAAGCUGGCCGAGAUCUUCAAUCUGAAGACGCAGCUUCGAGGCAGCCAGGCUCAGGCCCAGGCCCAGGAUGCGGAGCUGGCCCGGCUGCGGGAGGCCGUGCGCAGCCUGCAGGAGCAGGCCCCUCGGGAGGAGGCCCCGGGCAGCUGUGAGACUGAUGACUGCAAGAGCAGGGGACUGCUGGGGGAGGCCGGAGGCAGCGAGAGCGGGGACGGCGCUGAGCAGCUGCGGGCAGAGCUGCUGCAGGAGCGGCUCCGGGGCCAGGAGCAGGCGCUGCGCUUCGAGCACGAGCGGCGGACUUGGCAGGAGGAGAAGGAGCAGGUGCUGCGCUACCAGCGGGAGAUCCAGGGGGGCUACGUGGACAUGUACCGCCGCAACCAGGCCCUGGAGCAGGAGCUGCGGGAGCUGCGGGAGCCCCUGGCGCCCUGGAGUCCUCGGCUGGAGUCCUCCAAGAUCUAGGCCCGGAGAGCGAGCAAGCGAGCGAGCUGACAGCAGACAGUGUCAGAAGAUGCCCGGAGACGGAGAUGGCCGCCCGCCCUGCCACUGGCCGGGCCAGAAGCCAGCCCAGCGAUGGCGGCCUGCGCGGGGAGGGCUGGUCGGUGCUGGCUGCAGGAGCCAGGGCACGCCCUCCCGGCAGAGGAACGCCCCGGCGAGGCCCAGCACCGCUCCCUGGAGUGAGUGUGGCCCAGGGAAGGAGGCGGAGAGUCCAGGGCCCAGGGAUGCACAGGGGCAGGUGGGAGUGGGAGGCUUCGGACCCGCGCUGAGGCUUCCUCGGUGGAAGGAGCCUGAGACCAGAGCUCUGGCCUCCUGCUGAAUAAAAGCGCGUUUUCUACGA